AUGGCUGGGUUACGAUUGUUUGGACCCCGAGGGCGACUGAGGACCCUCAGUACCCUCGCUGUUCUUUCAGUCCUCGUUUUCAUCCGCGGUCUUUCAUUAUUACAGAGCGCACGAAAUACUCGUCCAGAAAACCCCUACGAUGACUUUCCACAUUACCGGCAUUUUUCAAAAUAUCGCGAUGAUCCCGACACAAAAUAUGAAGAGGAACUGUCCCGAGCAAUGCACGAUAUUGAACAGAAAGAACUGCAUUUACAUGGCAGUGAGAAUCCUCCAGAUAUCAUCUGGCAAAUGCUACUGAAAGACAUGCCGACCAUGCACAAAACAACCUCACAAAUCCGUGGCGAUGAUUCAUUGCAGAUGGAGCAACAAAAUUCAGAAUGGGCUUACAAGCUUGUCAAUGGCCAAUGGGCCGAAGAAUUUGUCACGAUUACCCUUUCCACGAUACCAGGUCUCGCCAAACUAUACCACUCUUACCCCCAUUAUGUCCACCGAUCAGACCUUCUUCGAUAUCUCAUUCUAUGGUAUUACGGCGGCUACUAUGCGGACAUCGAUGCCCGCCCAGUACAAUCCAUCAAAAAAUGUCCAAAAAUGCAAGAUUCGCUAUUUGGAAGUGACGAUCCAGACGUGUCUCUCGUUUUAGGUAUCGAAAUCGAUGAGCCCUUUGCCUCAGCCGAAGAAAUGCACUAUUGGCACUGGGUCCGUCGCUACGGAUUCCUUCAAUAUUCAAUCUAUGCACCUCGACGAUUCAGCCCUCUUCUCCGCGAAGUGAUCGUUCGAGUCCUCUCUCAUACAAAACGACACAUAGACGAAAGCAGCAUUUUUCUAGGUCCACAGUAUAACGAGUUGACAACGCUUGAAAUCACCGGACCGGGCGUCUUUACCGAUGCCAUUCUAGAUGUACUAUCUGACUCUCUACCGGCCUCACAUCCGCUUGUGGAACAAUCAGUCAAGGCAGAUACAGAAAUUGGAGAUUUGAUUGCCCCAGGCUCAAGCCAUGCGCAGAGUCGUGUAUCAUGGGCUCCUUUUCAUCUUCUCCAGGACACAUUGUGCGUCAAUGCAUCCGAGGCUAAACCUGGGAAACGGUUUGGUGGGCUUUGUGUAUUACCUAUUAAUGUUUGGGCAAAUGGACAACGACAUAGCAAUUCGGAAUCAUUCAGGAGCUCCCAUGCUUGCAUAAAUCACCGAUUUGGUGGUACUUGGAAACUUUGGAGGCAGGAUUGGAAGAAGAAGAUACUUGGAUGA